GACCAUUAACCCUCCGAGCGAUGACGUUAAGUGAGAGGAAAUUGGGCAGCGAUGACAAUCCCCACAGCUUAAAUGGGAGAACCUGACAUCGUGUUUGAACAAACGCUGGAGGCAUGCUCCAUCGGAUCUGAGAAGAGAGCGCUGCGCACGGUGUGAACAACAGGCAGUUUUGGGCGGGUUUCCAUUUUUUUGGGUGGGAGGGAAGGUUUCUGACGCCUUCUCAUCUCCGAUUCUAUUUUUCAUUUUUGCUCCACCGCCGCCCUCCCCCCCCUCCUCCCUUUCAAAUCGACCGAGUGUCUUCUCCUUAAUCAGCGACGCGUGGAGGAGAGGUCAAGUUCCCGAGCAGGAGAGCAUCUCCGCGCGGAGACAAAGAGCGGCCGUGCGUGGUUAGACGCAGAGGAGGCUGCGGAGGAGACCGGGAGAAGCUCGGAGCCUCCGCCAGGAGCCGCGGGACCGGCGCUGUCCGCUCAGCACCACCGCAGUCACCUUGCUGGCUGUGAAAGUCACCAAGCUGCUCGGGGAUCGAUCCGAUCGGCCAAUCGGAGUCCAAUGAGAUUGGAUUUGUUGUCUGCUGCCGGAGGGGGCUUGGGGGGACGGGGGACGGGGGGCGUCUUUCAGUGUUUGUCCUCUUUAUGUCGACAUCUUGGAUUUAAAGACUAAGUGACGCCCAUCCUCAAUGCAAUGCCAUUGAUUUGCAAUCAUUCUAGAUUUCGAUACCCUCGGGGGUAAGCGUGUGGCACCCAUAACCGUUCACUACUCUCCAGUUGUAUACAACACCCAGCACCCCCCCGCCCCUAGUCCGCCCGUGAACGUAACCCGGCGCGCGUCGAGCGGAUUUCUUUCAUAGUUUCGGUGAGGAAACGACAGGUUGUUCCGCGCCCUGCUUCCUUGUUCUCCUCUGCGCUGUCGCUGCAGCGCGCGGUUGCCACGGGGGUCGCUUAGACUCAUCUUCGCGAUGAAGGGAACUUAUUGGAGAAAUGCCUGAGGGACGAAAUGGGCCUGAGCGACGACAAGGAUCGCAUUGUGAUAAACGUGGGAGGGAUCAGACAUCAGACAUACCGCAGCACCCUGCGCACACUACCCGGCACCCGCCUGUCCUGGCUGGCCGAGCCCGACGCGCCCAACCACUUUGACUAUGACGCCAAGAACGAGGAAUUCUUCUUCGACCGGCACCCCGGGGUGUUUGCACAUAUCCUUAACUACUACAGGACUGGUAAGCUGCACUGCCCGGCCGAUGUCUGCGGGCCGCUGUACGAGGAGGAACUGGCCUUCUGGGGCAUCGACGAGACAGACGUGGAGCCCUGCUGCUGGAUGACCUAUCGCCAGCACCGGGAGGCAGAGGAGGCCCUUGAUAGUUUUGGCGGGGGGGGCUUGUUAGACCUGGUGAGCGACGACGCGGAGCCCGAGCAGGAGCAUGCAGCUGAUGAUGAUGUGGACGAGAUGACGAGGAGGCUGGCGCAGGGAGACACUCAUGAUGCCAGGAGUGGGAGCUUGUGGAGCAGGUGGCAGAAACAUGUCUGGGCCCUGUUUGAGGACCCUUACUCCUCAAAAUAUGCAAGGUGGGUGGCUCUGGCCUCGCUGUUCUUCAUCGUGGUGUCCAUCACCACUUUCUGUCUGGAGACCCACGAGGCCUUCAACCCCAUCAUCAACCGCACCGAGGUGAAGGUGGUGAACAACGUCACGGUGGUGCACACCUACCAGGAGACCGAGACCGCGCUCUACCUCACAUACAUCGAAGGCGUGUGUGUGGUGUGGUUCACUUUUGAAUUUCUAAUGCGAAUAACUUUCUGCCCGAAUAAAUGUGACUUCAUUCGCAACGCCCUGAACAUCAUCGACUUCGUGGCCAUCCUGCCCUUCUACCUGGAGGUCGGCCUCAGCGGGCUCUCCUCCCAGGCGGCCAAGGACGUGUUGGGUUUCCUGCGGGUCGUCCGCUUCGUGCGGAUCCUGCGCAUCUUCAAGCUGACCCGUCACUUCGUGGGGCUGAGGGUGCUGGGCCACACGCUGAGGGCCAGCACCAACGAGUUCCUGCUCCUCAUCAUCUUCCUGGCCCUCGGCGUCCUCAUCUUUGCCACCAUGAUCUACUACGCUGAAAGGAUCGGAGCCAACCCCAACGACCCUCGAGCCAGCGAGCACACGCAGUUCAAGAACAUCCCGAUUGGAUUCUGGUGGGCCGUGGUGACCAUGACGACCCUCGGCUACGGAGACAUGUACCCUCAGACGACCUCCGGCAUGCUGGUCGGGGCCCUGUGCGCCCUGGCAGGCGUACUGACCAUCGCCAUGCCUGUCCCUGUGAUUGUCAACAACUUUGGAAUGUAUUACUCUCUGGCGAUGGCAAAGCAAAAACUACCAAAGAAAAAGAACAGGCAUAUCCCACGUGCACCCCAACCAGGUUCCCCAAACUUCUGCAAGUCAAGCACCAGCUCCCAACACCCGAGCCCGAUACCCCACGACGACGUUUUCGAGAUUAAGUUUCAAGAAGAUCCCAAGUUGAACGGCGAAGCCGCGGACGCAGCGCUGGCCAACGAAGACUGCCCUCACAUAGACCAGGCCGUAUCUCCGGAGGAGAUCUUCAGCCCGAGCGAGAGGGAGCGGCCCUGCUUCCUGGUGACCACUUCUGAGCGGCCCGACCACGCGGGGGGCCGAGUGAGGAGGGGUUAUGAAAAGCCUUGGAGCCUUAACAGCAUGUCUGGCAUGAGCGGGGAUGCCUCUGGAGUGUCCUCAGUGUCCGCCGUACCCUGCAGUCCACCUUGUCUAAUGCAGCACUCGCAUUCUCCCAUCCCAUCCAUUAUGUAGCAUGGUUGAGUAGCAGACACAAUGCCAUUGGAUGGCCAGUCCCAACUUUCCUGUCAAAUUUUGCUUUACACUUCCCUUCACUUUUUCUUUUUUUUUUUCUUCUUUUUUUUUUUUCUUCAUUAUUUUUCUGGAAAACUUGUAUCUUAACUGUGUCUCAAUGCUCAAGCUUUCCCAAGUGUUCUCCUUGGGUGUGUCAUCAAAUGCUCAUCUAGAAAAACAUUGGCACAUGGUUACUCUGCAUGGGUCACCUCGGGCGCAGGCAAAGCGCAGGCUAACCCCCCCUCUUUCCCUGUGUUUACAUCCUUGCCUGUUGCUCUGUUGCUUUUGAUCUCACAUACUCUUCUGACAGUAACUUUUAUCUCAUCUGCUUUUUACAAUUUUGUGAAAGAAACUUUCAUAAGAUGUAACCCCUGCAAAUAAUAUGCUGGACACUAAUACAUGGCACUGAAACAUAUCCAAAAGGUACCAUUGCCAGCUGUUAAGGGAGGUCCUCCUAAGUGCUUUGUACGUUGCAAAUUAAAAGACAGAAUUCUGAAAGUGCAGCCCAAGACAAGGCAAUGUUAUCUGAGAGGCCACUAGAAAAAAAAAUGAACAUGAUGUUCAUUAUAUCCAAUGCAAUAUGGAGAUGAUGACACCGUCUGUGAUACUAGUGAUGAAUACAUUUAAUGUCAACAGAACUAAAACUGUUUUGUUCAUUUGCAUGAACUGCAUGAGAAAUUAUGUUCAACAAGAAGCUAACUGUAUCGCAGUAUCUGUAAGAAAGCUUCUAAAGCUUUGUCAUUUUGUAUGCAUCCUAAGCCAGCUUUACAAGAGACUCAGUCUCAAAGCAAAAGAAUUUUAUGUAGCCGCCAUUCCUUGCCUUUCCACAAAUUCAUAGAUUUAUUUUCUUGUAUUUAUUUGACUGGGGCCUCCGAAAAAAAAUAGCAGGAUUUGACUUGAACAAUCUGUGAUAAAGACAACUAAUGCUGUUAUGAGCAUAAAUUGUUUUUAUACAAAUAUAAUAUUGGUAGAUAUUAGUUUUUAAACAGUAUCUGUAGUCGGCAGCAUCUUCUCUAACUGCUGUGAUGCCUGAAUCAAGGUGACAUACAAGAAUUAUGGAACAAUGGUGAGGAAUAAAUUAAGAAGGUAAGAAAUAAGUGUUACCAGUGUAGCAUCAGUACACUUUGCCAUGCUCAUAACAGUGUAACGGAAGCUUUGUUCUAUCAGGUGCACUUUGUACCACCUUUCGUACCCUUAAUUACAGUAGAUUUAUUAUUAAUGUUACACCAUCUAACACAUCCUAGGAUUUAACGCCGAUGGGCAUGCACAGCUCCAAGAAGGAAAGAAUAUCAGCUGGACUUUAUUGUCCAAAUUUCACAUGAAGUUUUGUAUAAACAAGCAAACUCAUUGAGGAAAGCCAGGCAACUCUACAUAAUGAAAAUACACAGAGAGACGUCACAAUGACAGCGCCAGUAUGUAUGUAACGAUUAAAAACAUCAAUACUGUCACUGUUACAUGUAUUGAUGCUGUCCCAAUAAUUAUGCACAGAUUUUCACGGCACUUUAACAAAUUUAAUGUUGACCAAUCAGAAAUGUUCAUUUCUAGAAGAAGACACAAGUAUAGCAACUCGAAGUAUUGUUUUUAAUCUGAAUGAGCAGAGUUUUACAUUUCAAGUCAUGUCUUUUGUGGUAAUUAAUGAACGUUAUAUAUAUAUAUUUAAGAAAAAAAAAUUGUGACAAUUUGAUGUAAUGAGAUGCAGGGGAAAAAUAUGCUAAUGCGAUUAAAAAAGAAAAAUACAAAGUAUAAUACGAAGCGGCAAAGGAUGUGGGCCUACUUGGGGAAAGGUAAAUGCAUGUAUUUUAAAUUUAUGCAACAGAAAAGUAUUCAAAUAAAAAUAUGUAAAUAACAGUCCUUGCAUGAAAUAAAUUUUAUACACAAUGAG